AUGGGUUCCUGUUUUAGCUCGGAGUCUACAGGGGAUGCGGAGCAAAAGAAGAGAAGCCAGGCAAUCGACCGAAAACUAGAAGAGGACUCUAGGCGAUUACGGCGAGAAUGCAAGAUUUUGCUACUCGGUUCCGGAGAAAGUGGGAAAUCGACGAUUGUCAAACAAAUGAAGAUCAUUCAUCAGAACGGAUACACUGUCGAGGAGCUGGCUCUAUAUCGUUUGACAGUAUACAAGAAUCUCCUCGAAUGCGCAAAGGCCCUCAUUGGCGCCUACCAUCAAUUCUCUCUGGAGCCUUCAAGCCAAAAAGUCCGCGACUAUAUCGAAUUCCUCACCGACUACAACAUCGAUCCGGAUCCUAAUAUACCCUUGGAUCCCUCGGUUGGAGAUGCGAUAACAUACAUCUGGAAUGACCCAUGCACAUCAACAGCAUUAGAACGGCAAAAUGAGUUCUAUCUGAUGGAUUCGGCGCCUUAUUUUUUCGAGGAGGCCAAGCGCAUAACAGCACCGGAUUAUAUACCAAACGUUAAUGAUGUGCUGCGCGCAAGAACCAAGACAACGGGUAUCUACGAGACGCGUUUCACCAUGGGACAGCUGAGCAUUCACAUGUUCGAUGUUGGCGGCCAGCGCAGCGAGCGGAAAAAAUGGAUACAUUGUUUCGAAAAUGUCACGUCCAUCAUCUUCUGCGUGGCUCUAAGCGAAUACGACCAAGUGCUGCUAGAGGAAGGGAACCAGAACCGAAUGAUGGAGAGUUUGGUACUAUUUGAUUCUGUGGUAAAUUCUAGGUGGUUCAUGCGAACAAGUAUAAUCCUCUUCUUGAACAAAGUGGACCUCUUUCGACAGAAGCUACCGCGCUCGCCAUUGCACAAUUACUUCCCAGACUAUUCAGGUGGCAAUGAUGUGAAUCGAGCCGCAAAGUAUCUCCUUUGGCGGUUCAAUCAGGUCAACAGAGCACAUCUAAACCUAUAUCCCCACCUGACACAAGCCACCGACACCACGAAUAUUCGUUUAGUAUUCGCCGCAGUGAAAGAGACUAUCCUACAGAAUGCCCUGAAAGACUCAGGAAUUCUAUGA